AUGGUAUCAACUUCCAAAUCCGAUCCCAUCGCCAUCAUCGGCGCCGGUGUCUUCGGCCUCACCACGGCCCUCCACCUCUCCAGCAAUGGCUUCACCAACGUCUCCGUGUUCGAAAGAGACAAUCAAGUCCCAGCCCGCUAUUCCGCCGGCCAUGACAUCAACAAGAUUGUGCGCGCAGAAUAUGAAGACCCAUGGUACACUGAACUGACACUCCAAGCCAUCGAAGGAUGGAAAACCCCCCUCUACGCCCCACACUACCACCAAACCGGCUUCCUACACCUCGUCUCCGGCGCGGCCCCCGAAAAAGCCUCGCAAACAAUGAACCGCUUCCUCGCCUCCAUCCGCAACCACCCCACCUACAAAGGCAAAAUAUCCACGAUCAAAACCCCCGCCGACAUCCGUAACAUCGCCUGGCAACUCACCGGCCCCCUCCCGGGCUGGAACGGCUACUUCAACCAACUAGCAGGCUACGCGCACUCCGCCAAUGCCCUCCGCGCCGUCUACGAAGCGGCCGCCGCCCGGGGUGUGAAAUUCUUCCUAGGUGAAGACAUCGGCAAAGUGACCGAACUCAUUUACUCUCCAACAAACAAGAAACAAGUAACAGGCGUCCGCACAGGGAACGGCAAGACCUACCCCUGCAAACUCGCUGUCAUAGCCAUCGGCGCCGCAGCAUCCACUCUUGUCCCAGAAGCAGGAGGCCAAGUCGUCGCGAAGUCCUGGUCCCUAGGCCACGUCAAGCUCACAGACGAGGAAACUUCCAUGCUCCGCGGUAUUCCAGUGACGUAUGCUCGCGAUCUUGGAUUCUACUUCGAGCCGGAUCCGAAGACGAACCUGCUGAAGAUCUGCCCCAUGGGUGGUGGGUACAUUAACACGGAUCCGAAAUCGGGGGUGUCGUACCCGCCUGCGACGUUGCAGGAGAGCGAGGGGGUGUUGCCGGCGGAGGAUGAGAAGAGGAUGAGGAGAUUGUUGAGGGAGUCGUUGCCGCAGUUUGCGGAUCGGCCGUUUGUGGAGAAGAAGCUGUGUUGGUUUGCGGAUACGAGUGAUUCGGAGUUUAUUAUUGAUUUUGUGCCGGAGACGGAGGGGUCAGUUGUGCUUUGCUCGGGGGAUUCGGGACAUUUGUUUAAGAUGUUGCCAAUUGUUGGGGACUGGGUGUUUACGCUGUUGAAGGAGAGUAAGCAGGGAGUAGAUCGGUGGAGGUGGAAGGGAGAUAAGAAGAAGUCGGGUAAGUGGGAGGGCGAUGUUAGUUGGCGGUUGGGGGAGACUAGGGAGUUUGAGGAGAUUAGACCUGCUCCGGCUCCGAAGCUGUAG